UGUCUCUCUUCUCCAUUUUCCGAGAUGGAUUCUAAUCCAUGUAGCCAAAACUCCAAGUUUGUUGAACUGCUUAACAGUCAACAAGAAAUGGUAUUUGGUUUUUCUCAAGAUAGUGUCUCACUAUCUUCAUCACAAGCCCCGGUGUUUGCAUUUCAAGCGACUACAGAGGCUCCAGCAGAGCGUAGGGAAAGGAGGGUGUGGACGCCAGUCGAUGAUGUUGUUUUAAUCAGCUCUUGGUUGAACACAAGCAAAGACCCGGUGGUGGGGAACGAGCAAAGAUGCGGUACAUUCUGGAAAAGGAUUGCAGCUUACUUUGCUGCAAGUCCUAAGGUCUCAGGCCGUGAAGGCAGAGAGCCAACCCAUUGCAAACAGCGCUGGCAGAAGAUCAACGAUGGUGUGAACAAGUUUUGUGGGGCUUACGAGGCCGCAAGCAGAGAGAAAAGCUCAGGACAAAAUGAGAAUGAUGUUCUGAAGUUAGCUCAUGAAAUCUACUUCAACGACCACAACAAAAAGUUUACUCUCGAACACGCUUGGAAAGAGCUACGCAAUGACCAAAAAUGGUGUGAGCUCUCUUGUUCUAAAGCCCAUGGAAACGCUAAAAGGAGGAAGUGUGAUGACAGUGCUCAGUCAUCAAGCUCUCGCGCUAAUGAAACCACCACUGCUGAGGAUGAUCAAGGAAGUAACCGACCACCGGGUGUGAAGGCUUCUAAGGGCCAGGGCAAGAAGAAGAUGGCAGAGGGGAAGCCAUUGUCUGAGUUUCAGACACUCUGGAGCAUCAAGAAGGAGGACCUGGCUAUGAAAGAAAAGAUUUCGAAGAUGAAGCUACUUGACAGUUUGAUUGCUAAACAAGAGCCCCUAGCUGAGUAUGAAGAAUCUCUGAAGAAGAAGCUCAUCAAUGACUUGUUGUCUUAAGUCUUUUAGUUUAUGUUGUCUAAUUUCCCAGCUCUUUGUCAUAUUUUAUGUUCUGUUGUUUGUCUUUCAUGUUCUGUAGUUUCUUGUUCUUGUAAUGCGGAUGUUUGAUAUGUUUUAUAUAAAUAUGCUUAUGCCUGAUACGUUUGAUUUGUGGCUAUGUCUUUGUUUGAAGACUGUCUCUGUUUGAUAUGUUUGAUUUGUGUCUAUGUCUCUGUUUGAAGUCUGUCUCUGUUUGAUAUAAAUAUGCUCAUCUCUUGUUGCCUCUCCUAACUUGCAGGUUAACAAUGGUGUGGAAGAAGAAGUCUAUCUCGGCUCUAUGUCUCAUGUUUGAUAUGUCGUUUCGGCUUGUGAGGUCAAGCUGGUGAUAUUGCAGUCUUUUGGUGUCACGGGCAAGGUCUGUGUGAUGUUGAUAUAAAGCUUGGCGUGUCUUGCAGUAUGGUGGUGUCAUGGGCAAGGUCUCAAAGUGUCUUCUAGUGUCACAGGCAAGGUCUCAAAGUGUCUUGUAGUGUGUCAAAGUGUCACGAACAUGGUCUUUUGUUGUCUUGUAGUGUCACGCACAAGUUGUCGUCUUUGUUGUCUAUUAUAAAGAUGUGUAUCUUCCUCAUUAUUAAACUUGUGUUGUCGUCUUUUUUUAUCACUAUCUUUAUAAAACCAUCUCGUUCUUAUAGCACCAUCUCACCAUCUUACCAUCUCUUUCUUAUAGCACCAUUUCACCAUCAAACCAUCUCUUUCUUAUAUCACCAUUUCACCAUCUCGUUCUUAUAUCACCAUCAAACCAUCUUUAUAAAACCUUCUCAAACUUGUUUAUAAAACCUUCUCAAACUCGUUCUUAUAUCACCAUCUCACCAUUUCAAAUUCCUCUCGUUCUCAAAUUCUCAUUCUCUCGUAAACAAGUCUCCUCUGAUGGCCUCGUCUUCUCAAAACACUUUUGAUGAAUCACUUGAUGAUGAUUUUGAUGAAAUUUUUGAUCAACAUUUUGAUCAAGCUUUCGAUAAUUUGGUAAUUCAUUAUGGUGAUCAAGAAGAACAAAGGAGAAGAAGGAAAAAACGAGUUCAUAUCGAAAGAAAUCGUGAAGAAGGCGAUGUACGUCUAUGGAAUGAUUAUUUCAGUGAUACUCCAACAUAUCCUGAUAAUCUAUUCCGAUGACUAUUUAGAAUGAACAAGCCAUUGUUCAUGCAUAUUGUUGCUCGACUCUCCAAUGAAGUUGAAUUCUUUCGACAAAAGAAAGAUGCUAUUGGAAGGCUUAGUCUUUCUCCACUUCAGAAGUGUACAGCAGCCAUUCGUGUCUUGGCAUAUGGAACUGCGGCUGAUGCUGUAGACGAAUACCUCAGACUCGGUUCAACUACUACUCGGUCAUGUGUGGAACAUUUUGUCGAAGGAAUUAUAUCUUUAUUCGGUGAUGAGUACCUAAGAAGACCAACCCCGUAUGAUCUUCAACGUCUACUUGAUAUUGGUCAGCAUCGGAGAUUUCCCGGGAUGAUCGGAAGCAUCGAUUGUAUGCAUUGGGAGUGGAAGAAUUGU